AAAAUUAAUACCUACCAACCACACACAACAAAUCAAAUAAAAUCAAAUCAAUUCAAAUAAAAUUUAAUAAAAAUGUUCAACAAAAAACACGUGCCGUUUAAAAAAUUAAAUUAUAAUAGUGUUAAACGUUAAAAGUUUGUUUCUUUUUAGAUAACAAACAAAUCCAACCGAAAUAAUAAUAAUAAAAAAAUAUAUAUAUAAAAUAAAUAUCAACGAAAUACUUACGUCCCUCCCUCACCGUUCGCAGAAAAAAUAAAAAUACAAACAAAUAAAUAAAGUGUAUAAUAGCAACGCACGGUCGACGGUCAAUCGGUCGUUACGUAUUUGUAUUGUUGGUGAACGGGGAAUCCGAAAUCGUCAACUGUUCCAACUUGAAACACAAAUAAAUAAAUUUAGUUAAUAAUAAUAAAACGGUUCUAAAAUUCCUAUUCCCUAUUAGUUGUUGUAAUUGUUUAUGUUAACAACGCGUGUAGUUCAAGGUCAGUCAGUCAGUCUUCAUUGCAAUCGAGAGAGACAAUAAAAAAGCAGAGUAAAGAUUUUGUUGCGUCUCGCCUAUCCGCUAAAUGGCUGGUGAUAUGUCGUCGAUAGGGUGUGCUGCCCUUAAGAAAUCAUCCAAACUGAAGCUAGCCAACGAUAAGGAGAACAAUGCCAGCAUUAAUAAUGCGGGAGGAGGCAUUGGUGUUGGCUUUGGUGGACGCAAGGAGAACGGCCAUUUGGCCAUGAAACCACCAAAUGCUCCUCCCCAGAAUAUGCGUGGCGGUUUGCGUGUCUACAAAAUUGUUAUUUUGGGUGAUGGCGGUGUCGGCAAAUCGGCUGUUACGCUACAAUUUGUCAGCCACAAUUUUUUGGAUUAUCAUGACCCAACAAUCGAGGAUUCAUAUCAACAGCAAGCGGUUAUUGAUGGCGAAGCGGCAUUAUUGGACAUACUCGACACUGCAGGACAGGUUGAAUUUACGGCCAUGCGUGAUCAAUAUAUGCGCUGUGGUGAGGGUUUCAUUAUUUGUUAUUCGGUAAUUGAUCGUCACAGUUAUGAGGAGGCCUCCGAGUAUCGCAAAUUAAUACAAAGAGUGCGAUUGACAGAAGAUAUACCAGUGGUAUUAAUAGCCAAUAAAAGUGAUUUGGAGUCACUGAGAAAGGUUUCCACCGAGGAGGGUCGCAAUUUAGCCAAUCAAUUUGGUUGUCCAUUUUUUGAAACAUCUGCCGCAUUACGUUUGUACAUUGAUGAAGCGUUUUACGCUUUAGUACGUGAAAUACGACGCAAAGAGAAACAAAAAGCUUUGGGCAAUGGCACCAGCUCAGAAAAGUUACACUCAAGACGACGCAGUCGCUGGUGGCGUAUACGUUCUAUAUUUGCUUUAGUAUUUCGACGAAGACGUAAUUUAAACUAAAUUUGUUUUUUUUAGUUUUAAAUUGGUAUGAUUGAUUGGUUUUGCUUUCAUCUAUCUAUUUAACUGAAGAAUUAGUGAUGUUAACGAUUUAUAUUUAGGCAUAAUAUGAUCUAUAAAACGAUUGUUUAACCGAUCUGUUAUGAAUAAUGAUCGUUUAAUUGAUUGAUUGAUGAUCACUCCCUACUACUUAUUAGAAGUUUUGUUUAAACGAAAAAAUUAUUUAUUUGUUUAGUAAAUCUAAGUUAAAACGUUGCAUAACAUGAAUUUAUAAUUGUUGUAAAAGAAGGACAAAAUAGUAACGAAACAAAGAAGGAAAAUGUAAAAAUUUUUAACAGUUUUAAAUUGUUUUAAAUAACUUGUGGGUUUAACUGUUAGAUUUCUUGCAAUAACAUGGCUGUUGUGCUAGAAAAGUUUUGUAAAUUAAUUAAAAUCAACAUUCUUAAAGAAUGUUUCAAAUCUACUGCUAACUACAUAUUUCUAGUCAUAUUUUUCAAUCUAGUGCAACAUGUGGAGGAUGUGGAUUAGUUUACUCGUAGGUACAUUUUGUGAUGAUGCCUCAAAGUAUAACAUGAAAUUAUAUGUUCCAUAAAAAAAAAUAUUUUUUGUCUCAUAAAAUACAUUAAUACAAUACAUAUUUAUUAAAAUAGAGAGUAAUUAAAAACAUUAUUAACAAUGUUGAGUAGUUAAUAUUUUAAAAGCAAACAUUAAAAGAAGAAUGAAACAAUGAAAGAAAAUACAUAUACAAUGUAUAAACGCAAAUGCAAAGAAUUUAUUAAGAUUUCAUAUAUAUUACUGUAUAUUAAUGAAGAGAAGGAAGAAACAGAAUUCAGAAUCAAUGACUUGUGUAUUUCAGAACAGCCCAAAAAUAAAACUAGUUUAUAAGUUUCAUAACAAAUAUCGGCGUUAAUAUGAUGAUGAUAAUGAUAGAUGUAAUGUACUUGCAAAUACUGAAAAUUAAUUAAGUUACAAGGUCCAAAACAUACAUAAUUAUAAAUAAUGAUGAUACUAAUUUAAAAUAAUUACCAAAAAAAAAGAAAAGAAAUACAUCUGUUCUAAAUACAUAAAUACUUAUUAUAUUUUUGUUAUAAUUUAGUUAUUAGCUAUAAUUUGUUAAUUAUUUUAUAAUUAAAAAUAAACAAACAAGCAAAAAAUCAAGUUUCCUAAAACACAAAUUAUCUAA